AGCUGCGGAGGAAGACAGAUUGGACCACCACAGGAGGCGUGUCACGCCGGGAAUUCAAGGACAAUGCCGUCCUCCAUCUCUUGGGGCCUCCUCUUGCUGGCAGGUCUGUGCUGCCUGGUCCCUGGCUCCCUGGCCAAGAGACCCAAGGGAGACCCUGCCCAAGAAACGGAAUCAUCCAAGGAGGAUCAUGACAAGCACCAGCAUCCAGCCUGCUACAAGGUCUCCCCAAAUCUGGCCAACUUCGCCUUCAGCCUGUACCGCGAGGUGGCCCAUCAGUCCAACACCACCAACAUCUUCCUCUCCCCAGUGAGCAUCGCCGUGGCCUUUGCGCUGCUUUCCACUGGGGCCAAGUCUGACACCCACAACCAGAUCCUGGAGGGCCUGAAGUUCAACCUCACCAAGACAUCCGAGGCCGAGAUCCAUGUAGGUUUCCAACACCUGCUCCACACCCUCAACCAGCCAGACAGCCAGCUCCAGCUGACCACUGGCAACGCGCUGUUCAUCAACGAGAGUCUGAAGCUAGUGGAUAAGUUUUUGGAGGACGCCAAGAAGCUGUAUUACUCAGAAGCCUUCUCCAUCAACUUCAGGGACAACGAAGCAGCCAAGAAACAGAUCAAUGAUUACGUGGAGAAGGGAACCCAAGGAAAAAUUGUGGAUUUGGUCAAAGAGCUUGACGAAAACACAGUUCUUGCUCUGGUGAAUUACAUUUUCUUUAAAGGCAAAUGGAAGAAGCCCUUCGAGGUGGAGCAAACCCAGGAUGGGGACUUCCACGUGGAUGACGAAACCACGGUCACAGUGCCCAUGAUGAAUCGCCUGGGCAUGUAUGACCUCCACUACCACGAGAAGCUGUCCAGCUGGGUGCUGCUCAUGGACUAUGUGGGCAAUGCCACAGCCAUCUUCAUCCUGCCCAAGCCGGGGAAGAUGCAGCAGCUGGAGGACAGACUCACGAAGAUACUCCUUUCCCAGUGGCUGGGAGAAAGACGCACACGGUCCGCCAUUUUGUCUUUUCCCAAACUGUCCAUUUCUGGAACCUACGAUCUGAGAAACCUCCUGGGCAAACUGGGCAUCACCAAGGUCUUCAGUGAUGGGGCCGACCUCUCUGGGAUCACUGAGAAUGGACCCCUGAAGCUGUCUAAGGCGAUGCAUAAGGCUGUGCUGACCAUCGACGAGAAAGGGACAGAGGCUGCUGGGGCCUCCUUUUUGGAAGCCAUCCCCAUGUCAAUGCCCCCCACGAUCAAAUUCAACAGCCCCUUCCUUGUUAUCAUCUAUGAUGAGAACACCAAGAGCUCCCUCUUCGUGGGGAAGGUGGUGAACCCCUUACAAAAAUAA